GCGGGGUUCCGGCGGCCCUUUGCCUGAGACAUCAAUGGUUGACAAAGGCAUGACUGCCAUAUUAAGGCCGACGCCGCGAGCUUCCAUGUCAGAUAUACUAUAUAAUGGCUGCCCAACGAGGGACAGAGGAACAGGAUCCAGCAUGUCCAACAAGCCUUCUGUGUUGAUCGUCGGCGCAAGUGGUGCCCUCGGGCAACCCUUGACACAGGAGUUCAUCAAACAACGGGAUCGGAUCGGUCGUCUUGCGAUUCUGUCUGACCCGGCGAAAGCGCAUAGAGUGGAGGCCGCUCGAGCUGCAGGCGUCGAGAUCGUCCUCGGGUCGCUGAUCGAUCCUAAAUGCUAUCAAGGAAUUGACAUCGUCUUCUCCCUGGUGGGGGAUGCCACCAUGCGCUUGCAGCCUGCGAUCAUCGAGGCUGCUGUCGAGGGCGGCGUGCGCCAUUUCUAUCCCUCCGAGUUCGGUACGGACAUCGACCAAGAUCACGUCUGGCCCUUCCGUUACUUCCGUGAUAAGCUCGUCACCCGAGAUCAUCUUCGCGCGACAGCGAAAAAGGUCCCCGGGUUCCAAUAUACUCUGAUGCUCGUGGGUGCUUUCACCGAGUGGUCGUGCUCCUCGUUCAGCGGCUUCGAUUUGGAGAAGCACACUGUGGAGGCAUAUGGGUACCCGGAGGCGCAAGUUUCAGUCACAGCUCUGAAGGACAUCGUGAGGUAUGCCGUGGACUCGAUCUUCCUCCCGUUUCCCAAGGAUCACGCCAUGCGUGAGAUCCGCGUCCGGGGCGACCAUGUCACGUUCGCCGAACUCAUCAAGACCCUCGAAGAGGUCCAAGGUGUCUCAUACACCGUUUCGUACAUCGACCCAAGCGAGGCUGCAGUCAAGCAAGAAGCAGCGCGCAAGCGAGGGGAGGAAUCGGAAGAAGUGAAGUGGGCUGGGAAAACGAUCUGCCCAACAGGAAGAGUCACCGUUCCGCUUCCGAUUGAUAACGACAAGUUCGAUUUCAGACCGGAGAGUCUGAAGGAGACGUUGGCGCGGUUGUUUACGACGAAAUAGCAGUUUCUGUAAAUCUUGUGAAGUUACGAGUGUUCAUUGCUACCAAGACUCGUAGAUCGACUCCCACCCUACUCAAUCCAGCAGGCGAAGUAGCUUGGUGCUUCGGUCGUAGUGACAGCAGUGAGAGUCAGCACGAGUAUUCACGCUGCCUCGGACAUCAAUUGUCUGAUCCGAACUCAGACUGGGACAUCACAGUGCGCAGGGCCAGAAACAUUGCUUUCGGAACGCAAGGCUCAUGAACCCUCGACGACAGCCUCUGUCCCCCCAAAAUCGUAGUCCAGACAUUCAGGAGGUGAGCUACUGUACGGGGAGUGAUCAGAAAGUCGCACUGUUCUCGCAUAGUGUCGGCCAGGGCAUCAGUGAGUAGAGCUGAAGGACGGUCUGGGACGUGGACAUGCUGCACACUCGACUGAGACAAGCAUCCAUCCUAUCCGGUCCAUGAAAAUGUCACCUAGUACCGAGAAGUGCUACUAGUAAAAUAAUAUCUCUGGAGGCAUUUCAUUCGUCUGUAAGCGCGUUUGAAUACAGCAUCAUAUUGAGGAACAAUAGACGUCAGAGUUCACGAAGGUCGAGCUUCAACCUGACGAGGGCCCGCCACCCUCGUUCCUGUAUGGGUUCCAUUUCUGUUCGCUUGCGCAGUCGCCUGUGCUGAAGCCAAUUGCAGUCUAUAACACCUGCAGACCAAGCUGCGCUCGGUUUGACUUCGUGCUUUCUCACCAGCGGCUAACCACCGAGAUUCCCCCACCCCUGGUACUGCUGCUGCUGAUGCACCGAUAUCUGACCCUGGAAGCCGAGGGUCGAUGUCGACGGCAGUCGUGUGUGAGCCAUCCCCGGAUUCGCACUCAUCGCAAAUGCAGCACCAGGGCCCGUCGCAUACAAUGUCUGACCAGUAACGCCCACGCCACUACCUGAGCCCAAGGCACCAUACAUCGCAUGAUUCCCGGAGACAGUCCUCUGAUGAGCCAGGGGAGGCUCCGCCCAGACCGUGCCCUGCGAGCCGAAUCUUUGGUGCUGUAGCUGCUGCUGGGGAUAGGCGCUGGCUGCGCUGGGAUACCGCGGCGACCCGUACGGCAUCGGACUGCCGAGCGACAGGGACGCUUGCUCGGCCCUCGACGCCGCCCAGAUCGAGGCUGGCGCUGGUGACGCGCUCGAUCCGAGCCCAAUGCCGCUGACUGCCGAAGCUCUGACAGACCCGGCCCCAGAGCCCCUGGCAAGAAAGCCCUUGAGCAGGUCUUCAGCAGUCGUUGGGUUCACAAUCUUGUCCUGAGGGGGCGCAAUCGGGCUGGGUAAUGGAAGGGCGGGGCCGGGAACAGAAACUGGCGCUUGCGCUGGGAUACGAUAUGGGGAGAGCGUGUGGUUUUGUGUUUGUGCCGCAGGAAGUACUCUCGGUGGAGGGUCCGCACUUGGCAACUGAACCCCGGUUCUCGCAGGUGUUCCAAUGGGCGCCAUCGGCUUUGCAGCGACGGGAACGUCCUUGGUGCGAAUGUCCCAGACGAUCUCGUCCUCCUCAUCCUCGUCCUGCGGUUCCGUUUGCAAGAAAGAAAAUGCCUCAUCCAAAAGGGCAGUGCUGGUGUCGUCCGUGGUUUCAGAAGCGAGGUCUUCCUCGUGCGCGGUUGCCGACGUAGGGCCGUCUAAACCCACGACAACCUGUCGACCAUACACUGCGAGGGGCGAGUUCUGUACCUUGUGUCAGCAGGAGAAUCGAUGUAAACGACAGACACACACCUCCAUUUCCACGACCUUUUUCCCAUCUCUGAGCAAAUCUGCGAUGCGCAUGAGUUGCUCCACAUUGGGAUGCACUUGCUCCGGAGGCGUCUUGUAUUUGUUGCUGUUGAAGACGCCCAUCAAUCCACCCAGCGGCAACCACGCACGCAUAUCCAUGUCCUCCUCCAGCUCCAUCUCCUCUUCAACAGGCAGCAUCGCCACCGGAAACGUUCGCCCCAGAAGCCUGAUGAACAGAGCAUAUGCGCUCCAGAACAUCUCCAGGUCUUUCACACAACCGCGCACCCAGCUCCAAUUCGCAAGUAUCCACUUCGAGCUCACCCGCAACGCAGGCAAAGUCCGCCGGAAUUCAGCGCUGAUCCGUUCCGCGAGAGACCCGGACGCAACAUGAGGAUCAACUUCGGCCAGUUCCUUCGCCCCGACGUUCAACAGAGCCGUAUGCAGCGCAAAAACAUGUGUCAGCUGCGCAGUCGCUUCGUCGGGGCGACACCGCCACACCGCACCCUGCGCCAUCACCCCGACACGUACGAUCAUUUCCUCCGGGAGAGCACGGGCCGCAACGAGCCGCCCGAAACUCGCUGUCAAAUGGUUCGCGAGUGCUUCCGUUCCCGGUGGACAGUCGUUGCUCCACAGCGCAUGUAGAAACACCACCUCGCGCCGGAACCGGUCGAUCCGCACUUUCGGGGGUCCAUCGCCAUCGCCUCCGAUACUAUUCGCCGCAGAAAUUGCGUUUGGCAAUGCUUUGGCCAGCACACCUGCCAGAUUCUCUGCUGCUGUCUCGAAGGGGGUGGCCACACACAAUGCACGCAGAUACCAGCCGACAGCAGCCAGCGUAUCUGAUUCGUAACUGCACGUAGUUGAGCAGCAAGUAAAGCAGGUCAGCGGCCGACUCACCCAGCCAAAAUAGCCAACUGAUUCGCUGCAUUCCCAUCUCCCGGAUUCAGUCCGUGCGCCGCAAAGUACAGCGCUCUUGCGCGCGAAAAGUUCAUCCUCUGCUCCAUCGCCCGGCGACCAUGCCCUCUGCCUUUCCCUGCAGCAGCAACAGUCACAGGCCGGUACUGUUCGCGAUACCGCGCAAUAUCUCCAAGGCAAAUCAACAAUUUGCUCAACGUCCGCUGCCCCACAGCCACAAAGGGGCUGGAUAUCUCUCCGUCGCUCUUCUCUUCCUCAUCGCCCUCCCCACCAACUCCGCCCCCUGGGAAUCCAAAAUGAUUCAUCCUGUCCCCUUCCGGCGCUUCAUCCUCUCCGCCGGGCAACAGCUCGCCCGGGACUCCGUACGCACGCUGCACCCGCUGCACCAGCGCCCGAUAAAACCGCUCCUCUUCUGCGAGAAACUGCCGCAGCCGCUGCUGAAGCUUGCGUGUCUCCACAAUGUGCCCCGUCGGCGCUGUGUUCUUGCUGCCGUUGUUAGCAGUGUUCGCAUUGUUCGCAUUCGCGUUAUUCGUGUUUGCAUUCGUGUUUUUGCCGUUGCUGCUCGCGUUCGCGGCGUACCGCGCAAGGCGCGCCUUGUAUAGCCCGAUGAACGCAUACGACGUCUGCAUCCACAGAUGCGCGACUGCUUCGCGAGUCUCAUCCUCCUGCCCGUGCAGAAGGAGUAGGUGGACGUAUCGGCGCCGCAGACUGGGGAAUGCCGGAGAGGUUGAUCAGAAGGGUCGCGGAAGACAGAUACGCCGCGGAACGCACUUCUUCCGCUGAAACUCCGCCUCCCUGAAAUUCGCCGGCGCCCAGACGUCCCGCCCCAACAGUACUUUGAGCCCCGCAUGUAUGCUGCGCGCUUCCCUGGAGUGGUAUCAGCGUGACUGUCUGGUUGGAGAGAACAGAUGUGCGAGGAAAUUUGGCAGUCGGAGAUGAGAGGGAGCAGGUAGGUAGAGUGGCAUGUAGACGAGGAUCAAACUGCGCCGCAAAACAUACCGACUCAGCCCAAUCGCAGUGGU